CAGGUCGAGUUUACUUUGAGGAACCGGAGGGACAACUUUCACAUUGCAUUUCGAUGAACGAGGGUAGUGAUAAACGUGGUUUGGGACUGGACUCAAGUGUAGUUUUCGUGACUUUGUAAGACCUCGGACCCCACGCUCCGACCAACAUUUUAUCGACCUCAGAAUAGCAGAGCAGAUAGCAAGGGUCUCUUUGGACCAGCAACAAGCAUGCUAACUUCUCUGUUCGCAUUUGGAACUGUUAUUCGUGCUUGUUAUGCGUAUGAUUUUUUUGAAGUUCGUGGGUAAUCGGGGGAGGAAAAUUUAGACUAGAUUAUUUUUUUUAUAUAUUUAAAAAAAAAGUCAAAAUAACUAUGUUGGGGAAUGAGGGGAUCUAUGCAGCGAAGAAGAGGAAGAAACCCGUCCAGAAAAGUCUGAAGCAUGCUCCAGGUGACGGUGUGGUAAAGACCAACCCUUCAAAACGUCACCGGAAUCGUCUGAACGGGGAGCUCGACCGGCUGACCAGCCUGCUGCCCUUCUCCCCAGAGGUCAGGGGUAGGUUGGACAAAUUGUCUGUCCUGCGGCUCAGCGUGGGAUAUGUCAAGGUCAAGAGCUUCUUCCAUGCGACCCUCCAGAAGAAGUGUGAGUGGCCGGCCUCCCCUCUCAGUGGGAACUGUAGGAACGGACGGACAGCCACUUCUAUAGACGGAGUCAGCCUCUCAGAGGGAAACCUACUGCUGCAGGCCCUGAAUGGUUUUGUCCUGGUGGUCACCACUGAUGACUCUAUCUUCUACGCCUCUCCAACCAUCCAGGACUACCUGGGCUUCCACCAGUCUGAUGUGGUGCACCAGAGUGUGUAUGAGCUGAUACACAUGGAUGACAGAGCCAUGUUCAGGUGUCAGCUUCACUUCGCCCUCAAGCCCAACCAGACCGACUCAGAGGCUGGACCAGAUGCCAUCGAGUCUAGCAGCAGGCCCCACAGUGAGUCUAUGAGCUACCCGCCCCAGCACAUCCCUGAGGAGAACAGGUCCUUCCUAGAGAGAAGCUUCUGCUGCCGCUUCCGGUGUCUCCUAGACAACUCCUCCGGCUUCCUGGCGUUGAACUUCCAGGGACGUCUGAAAUUUGUUCGAGGCCAGGGAAGGCUGGGGGAUGACGGGGCCUCGGUCCCCGCUCAGCUGGCCCUGUUUGCCAUCGCCACACCCAUGCAGACCCCAGCUGUCAUGGAGAUCAGGACCAAGACACUCAUUUUCCAGACCAAACACAGACUCGACUUCGCCCCCAUAGGCAUAGAUACUAGAGGUAAAGUGGUGCUGGGUUACUCUGAGACAGAGUUGGUAACUCCAGGCUCAGGUUACCAGUUCAUCCAUGCUGCUGACAUGAUGUACUGCGCAGACAACCACAUCAAAAUGAUAAAGACAGGAGAGACUGGUUUCACCAUCUUCAGGCUGCUGACAAAGGCAGGUGUGUGGGUGUGGGUUCAGGCCAACGCCAGGGUCGUCUUCAAGGCAGGGAGACCCGACUUCAUCAUCGCUCGACAGAAAGCCCUAACAAACGAAGAGGGUGAGGAGCACCUGCGUCAGCGGAGAAUGCAGCUUCCCUUCAACUUUGCCACUGGGGAGGCUCUGCUGUAUGAGUCCUGUCCCUCUCUGAAUACUGCCAUUAUGCCUACAGGACCACCCAUCCCCCCUGGCCUCACUCCUCCAGGCUCCUGCCCUGAGGACAAGCCCCUGGACCCUGCGUCUCUCCUGGGGUCUCUACUCAGUCAGGACCGCUCUGUUUAUACUCAGCCCCAGGACGCUAACCCAAACCUGGACCUCCAGGUCUUUUCCCCCAACCUAGACACAGCCAUCCCCCAGGACCAGGACCCAGGCCUGGAGAGAGCCUUCCUGGACAGCCACGCUCUGCUGAGUGUCCCUGGGGAGCUCCAGGGGCCCCAGAGGCCCAGCAGGGGAGACCCCACAGCGCAGGCCAUGAUGGACUCUCUGGGGGAGAUCCUGGAGGGGAUGGGGGCGGGGGGCUUGGAGGGGCUGGAGGUGGAGGAGACAGAGCUGAGGGAGUGGGAGAGCACUCUCCUCAGGAUCAACAUGGAACAGCAGGAUGUGACGGGGGAGCUGUAUGAUAUCUUAGCCAAUGAUGUGUUCUCCUACGUGGAGGAGGCUCUGAUGAGAGAGUGUGAUGAUGGAUGUGUGAUGGGCAGCUUGGGACAGGGCACUGAGCCAAUCAACAGACUUUCUGCUCACAUCACUGCCAAUCAAAACAUACUAUGUGGGUUCCCUCACUCCCAGAGUUCCAUAUUGCCAGGCAACCAGGGGUUCAAUGGCGGGAACGGAUCCCACAAUGAGAACCAAUGGCAGUUGUCUGGUCCACACAUUACCUCUAACCUCAACAGCUUUGGAGAGCAGAGGUUGCUAGGAAAUGGAGUUGUUGGUGGUGUGGAGCAAGGGCUGGGUUGUAGUCCUGGGACUGUGAGACAGCCACGGAGGACUGUAAACACAAACACACUACCCAGAGCUGCUCAGACCGUUGCAAGGCAAUGGACUCAAGGAAGCUGUGCGGAUCUCCAUGGCAACCAAAUGGUCCCACAACCUUCUCAUACUAUCAACCAACCAGAGUCCUGGAUACCCUCCAUCCAAAAUAUAAAUGAUAAUAACCACACCUCUCUCUCUGUCCCUCUCCCAAACUUUAACAACUAUCUCCCAGAGGCCUUUGACCAAACCAUGCAGCCCAGCCGGGAGUUAUACCACUCUGAGACUGGAGAUGCAAACAGGCAGUUCUCAGGGCAGCCCUAUCCAGGUCUGUCAUAUCAGGACCCAAGGCAGUCUUGGCAACAGCCACGUCAACACACACAAUGGCAACCACGGCGGAUACCACAGGGUUUUCCUGCAAAGCCAGUAAACGGACAUCGUCACACACACCCCAAACACAGCACACACAUACCGUCCAAUAACGCACCCAGAACUCAAACACUCACACACACCACACACACACCCUCAGGCAGCUGUAUGUUUGACAAGACGACUCCAAACGUCUCCAAUCCCUUCAGCCCCCUUACAACUGCCCCAAGAAGAUCAUACGGUCUCAUACCUGCCCCCACUUACUACAAUGAACCCAGACCCUCUCCCACUCUUCCCAAUGACUGUAAAACCAGCUCCUCAACCCAGGCCCCCAAAGUCUUUACGACUUACCCUCAAGCAUCCAUAAUCUCAAGAUCUACCAAAUCUUAUCCCCAAGACUCCAUUCCUAACCUAACCUACCCCCCAACCUCCAUCCCCACCCCCAUCACCGCCCUAUCCAGAGGGGCUCAGAUGGAUAAGGACACAGGAGCUAUCCCUGCCUGGUCUGGGGCUCCGUACCUGGGCAUGAAGCAGCUCCCAGGCCCCUUUCCCAGCCCCAAGCAGGUUCCCCAGAGCACCAGGGGAAAUGGCAGCUGUAGUGAUCCCAGUGAAGGAAGCUUGAUGCUGGGCCAGAGGGGGUUGGAAGAAAGCCUCCUUCCUGGAGGCCCGACACAGGGUUUUCCUCCUGGGAGAACGGAUCUGUAGAGUCAUCUUUAUUCUACUGGAAUGGACAAACACAGGUCCCUACCGGUCCUAAUGGUGAUGCGGAUCCUUUUCUCUUCACUGGCACCAUCUUCCAGAUUCUCUAGGACUAAGAGGAACCUACAAGUAACCAUCUCCACAAUGGAACCACAACAUCUUUUGGAAUCUUGGACCUACCUUGGAACCACCAACAUCUUCUGGAAGAAUACAACUGUACAAAAACCAGCACCUCUAUCGAAGACUGUUCCUUGGAGCUGGAUAAUAUUCUAUAUUAUAUUUAAUUUCCUUGUUUGGUUGAAGGGUGCUGCUUUCCAGCCAUGGACGGCCACCAGUUUAAUGUUCAGACUAGGGCUGUUACGGUGACCGUAUUACUGCCACACCGGCAGUCACUAGUCAUGACCGCAGUCAAUUUCCAUGUGACUGUUUAGUCACGCUAACUAGGCUUCUCCCAGCUCUGAUUCUGCUGAUGGUCAUAACUGCUUGGCACUCAGCACUUUAAGCUAUGGAAUUGCAUGAGAAAACAGAGUGAUGGCCUCUAUUAAAAAGAGGAGGAUCCCAUCAGCUUUCUAUUUUUCAACGUUCCUAAUAUUAAGCACAUUGCUUUGCUUUACAACAGGAGUAUAGCCUACCUGGCUGGCAUGAAAAUGAACCACGUAAAAUCGUCUUCCAUUCGCUAUUUAAGUGCGUAGAUGACAUGUAUUUGUUUCCCCUGCCAUUUGUUCCGAAACAGGUGCAUGAUCAUGGUCCAUUCUAAAUCCAAACUAAUUUCACACAUAUAUUAUUUAGUAUAUGUAAAGACAAUAUCAAAUUAAGAAUAGUCUGAAUAUUAGCCUUUCACUUGUGAAUGAUGUAGUAUCACUUGUGAAUGUAGUAUCACUUGUUACUGAUGUAGUAUCACUUGUGAAUUAUGUAUUAUCACUUGUGAAUGAUGUAGUAUCACUUGUGAAUGAUGUAGUAUCACUUGUGAAUGAUGUAGUAUCACUUGUGAAUGAUGCCCAGCAUGUGUAGUAAGGCAAGAAACAGUACAUUCCUUUUUUGUUGUUGACUUUUUCAAAUCCUAGUCAAACACCUCAUGUAGCCUAGCCCAUAGGCUUAUAUAUGUUGAAAGGGUUUGUAUCACAACUAAAGUUGCCAAAUAACUUCUUAAAAUGAAGAACAUUAAUCCACUUUACAACUGGUGUAGAGCAUACAUGGAAUACAUAGGCGGCACAUGAGUUUCAAGUUUGGGGAAGAUAAUUUUCCCCAUAAAUGCACUUUUAUAAUAAAGCAUUACAUGCUGUUGAGAAGCAUUUGUUGAGAAGCAUUUGAAGUCACUUUUUAGAAUGGUGUUUUCCUGUCAAUUGAUUGCAUUUUGGAACAUUCAUGCAUAUAGCGUACUGCCGUGUGUGCAUUGCUGUGCUUAUAAUGUGAUGAAAUGGCCUAAUAGUUUAUCAACAUUUUAAGCUAAACUUUCUUUUCUGUUGGAUUAGCCUCAUUGCUUUUAAAAUGUUUUAUUAAUUUGGUAAUAUUUCUUUCUCACACAGAAUAGAAUAGGUCUACUUCUGUACUAUGGAGGAUAGUAGAUUGACAUAGGCUAGUGCUUUUGCUGUUGGUUAGGAUGACGACUCUUGUUUGCUGAUGAAAAGUCAAUGUGGACAGUUCUUCUAACAUCUUCAAAAUGGGCCUGGGAAUUUGAUGAGAAGGAAGAACUCAGUUGCGUCCUCAAUAUGUCUUCACUUGUAGCCUACUUCAGAGCUGAGAUGCCUGUGAGAAGGACCCGAUCACCGUGACGGGCAUUGCCUAAUAAGAAUUGAUAUAUCUGAGAGAACCGUGUGAUUGAGAGAUGCUUCGGAAAGCGGCGAUUUGCAGCCGGGAGAAGGGAAUUAUAAUGAUUAUAUUCAGCCCAAGGGCAAAAGGCAUGAAUAUUGUUAGGGGGCAUUACGGCCACCCAAAAGAGGGUGCCGCCGGGAAAUUCUAGGCCUGGUCUGAAUAUUAUCAAGUGCUUGUCAAAUUGUGAAUGAAGGGGCCUCCCGAGUGGUCUAAGACACUGCAUUGCAGUGCUAGCUGUGCCACUAGAGAUUCCGGGUUCGAGUCCAGGCUCUGUCGCAGCCGGCUGCGACCGAGCACAACUGGCCCGGGUUAGGGGAGGGUUUGGCUGGCAGGGAUGUCCUUGUCCCAUCGUGCACUAGCGACUCCUCUGGCGGGCCGGGUGCAGUGCAUGCUGACACGGUCACCAGGUGUACGGUGUCUUCUCCAACACAUUGGUGCGGCUGGCUUCCGGGUUAAGUGGGCAUUGUGUCAAGAAGCAGUGUGGCUUGGUUAUGUUGUGUUUCGGAGGACGCACGGCCCUCGACCUUCGUCUCUCCCGAGUCCAUACGGGACUUGCAGUGAUGAGACAAGACUGUAACUGCCAAUUGGAUACCAUGAAAUUGGGAAGAAUUUUUUAUUUUAUUUUUUACAAAAAUAAAAAAAACAUCAAAUGUUUCAUACAACGUUUUUCAAAUCAUCAUUAGUCACAUCAUGUAGCCUUAGAAUGUAUAAAAAUCUAAACAUACAGCCCAGCGUUUAUAUCUAUCACAACUAAAGUUACAUAACUCUAAAUGAAGCAUAUAGGAGGACCAGUUCCUUUGUUAACCCCUCAACACAGAAUAGCCACGUGUGCAUUCCCUCAGAAAUUGUUUGGUGAAAAUAUCCUUUCUAUUUUAUUCAGUUAUGUUCAAUUGUAUUUUUCAUACUAUAAAAUAAUUCCAAGGAAUUCUAAGUAAAUCUUAUCUGCUAAAUUAUCUAGUGUAGCCCACAGCCAUAUGGCAUAGCCAGAUCAGGACCUAACAUAAGGACAACUCCGAGUAUGCUAUUCUGUUCUUCUGAAAUAGACUACAUUUUCUUCAUAUCAUGUUUCUUUAGACCUGUCUAAAAUAAAUAAUGGAUUUAUUGUGAAGGUGUAGGCUAUCUUACAUUGAUUUAUUAUACUUUUUUUAAAUGUAGUUCCAAAAUUCUGCAUAAGUGGCUUGUAGACUAUGUGUGGAAGCCAGGAGAUGCUAAGUAUGUUUAUGUUAAUUAACGGUAAAUUACUGUGAGUCCGCCAGUUAUUUGCUUGACAAUCACCGGCUGACACAAUGUCAUGACCGCCACAUCCCUAGUUCAGACUGUGUGUUAGUGGCAUAAUGGCUGCAGCUGAGGGUCCAUUCAGAUGGACAGAAGAUGUGUUUACGAAUAUGAAAUUUCAUCAUCGAUACAAAGGACUUCACUCUCCCCACCACAUGACAAUGUGAAUUUAUCAACACAACAUCUGUUUGAGCAGGAUCUGUUUAUGUUUUCAAAGUCAUUUUCUCUCCCACUCUAGCCUGGCCAUUCUGUCAGCUCAACUUGAGUUUCUUGUGCACUUCUCAUCAUGUUUUCUUUUUUGUCUGUUUCCAUUCCAAGAAAAAAGAAGGCUGAACCUCUAGCUUUAAAGACAGACAGGAGGUAAUGUUUUUUGGAAGUUGCAAAGGCUUUAAAAAAAUGUUUUAAACCCAAAUACAGCAGUUUGCGUAUGAUUGAGUGUCCAUGUUGAUACGAUAAGCUUCAAAAGGAGUGCAUUGUGUUCAUGCUUCAUCAUGUUUGUUUGUUUUUAACUUGUUUCAAAAACAUGUUAUUGUGUUGAUAUUAUUGUUUCUGUUCAAGCUUUAGCUGACGAGCCUGUAGCCCUAAGGAACAUCAGCAUUACCAGGGAAACAGCCUGCCUUCUGCUUGUGCCUUGGCCAUAGGCUGUUUGUCCCAGUAUGUUAGAGAUCACAUACAGCACUUAAUUGGUCAACCAUUGACUUUAUUACAUUAUGAUUGCUUUACCUGUGUAACUAUUUAAAAUUACCCAACAAAUCAUGCUUAAUGUGUCAUUGACUUAUACGAUAAGUAUGUAUAACAUUAAAUGUGUAACAUAUUGUAUUUGAAUAUUGGAGGUUAUGAAUGGUUGGACAGGUUUCUAGCUAUUCACUAAGUAAACAAUUUGUACAUUU